AUGCGCACAGAGGUUUUCGCCGACGGAGAGAGGGCAUGGCCACGCAUUUGACGACGGAACGACGGAGAGCUUGACGCGCGAAGAGCCCGAAAGCCGCGCCAGCACUCACUUCUUCCUGGGAAGGACCAGAGAACUACACUAUUGCGGCCUAACACAAACAGGGGCAGUUGAGUUCAAACUGUUGGUAUGGCAACAGGGGGAGGGGCUCGUCCAGAGAACAAUGGAGAUGAUGUGGUGGAGUACGAGGAGGCAUUCGAGAUGUUGGAGAAGUACAGCAUCAUCUCCACCUCUGGAUCAGACCGAGAUGGUCAUCCAGUCAUAGUCAUUUCAGCAUGUCGCCUCCCACCAUCAGAUGCCAUCGACCACAAUGUUCUACUCAGGUAUGGGAAGUAUGUGUUGGAUAAGAUAGUGGAGGAGAAGUACACGGUGGUCUACUGUCACUACGGCCUGACCAGUACCAACAAACCAUCCUUCUCCUGGCUCAGACAGGUCUACGGAGAAAUGGACAGAAAGUACAAGAAGAACAUCCAGAAAGUGUAUGUUCUCCAUCCAACCAACUUCGUCAGAUUCAUUCUCUCGCUCAUGAAACCUUUCCUCAACUACAAGUUUGGGAGGAAGCUGUCCUACAUUAACAGGCUGGAAGAACUGGAGCACAUUCUCAAUCUGGAGGAGCUGGACAUCCCUGAUGAAGUCAAACAGUAUGACAUAACCCUGAGCCCGUCCGUAAUGUUGCCACUAAUGCCCAUGAUGUCACCACUAAUGCCCGUGAUGUCACCACUAAUGUCAAUGAUGUCACCACUAAUGACACUACUAAUGGUCAUGAAGUAGCCGCUAAUAACUCCAACUCCCGUACUCAUGUGUCUGGUGGUGGUGAGGAGCAAGAAGAAAAGACAUCAGCCGACCUCACAGUUCAAACAUCCAUAACUCAGCUUGAAGUCAGAGAUGAAAAAGUCCUGGAUGUCCCAGAAUUCCAUGACCCUCCCAGCAUUGACAUUAAUUCACACAUUCCUUCCCCUGCUGAGGAUGAGGAGAAGACUCUUUCCCCUCCUGAUGAUGAGGAGAAGACUCCUCCCCCUGCUGAUGGUGAGGAGAAGACUCCUCCCCCUCCUGAUGGUGAGGAGAAGACUCCUUCCCCUUCCUUAUGGUGAGGAGAAGACUCCUUCCCUUCCUUAUGGUGAGGAGAAGACUCCUCCCCUUCCUUAUGGUGAGGAGAAGACUCCUCCCCCUCCUGAUGGUGAGGAGAAGACUCCUUCCCCUCCUGAUGGUGAGGAGAAGACUCCUCCCCCUGCUCAUGGUGAGGAGAAGACUCCUCCCCCUCCUAAUGGUGAGGAGAAGACUCCUUCCCCUACUGAUGGUGAGGAGAAGAGAGAUAAGCCGUCGACUGACCAGGUAGCAGAUAAUGAGGAGGAGAAGAAAGACAAGUCCUCGACUAACCAGGCAGUUCCCGCCUUACGAACACCGUUUGGAGUAAGACUAGAGAAUGGUAAAAAAGGUGAUGGAGGUGAUGCAUCUCGACAUCUCGCUAUCCAUUCUGAACUCCAGGCUAUGUUUCAAAGGAAGAGAAAUGCUGACUCGCCAUCUGACCAGUCUCCAAUGCAACCUGGCCACACCCACAAGAAGCCACCACCUGUAGCUCCCAAACGAAGAGUGCCGUUCGCCUCGACCCACUCACCACCCAUCGCUUAUCGCAAACACCGACUGAUUGAAGAGCCUUCUUCCUUUCACGAUCCAACUCGUACCAGUGGUUUGCCCUCUCUGACAUCUAAUUUUCCUCGACCCAGGGGACCCCAGGGCAGACAUCUUCCUUCCAGGUUCUCCAAGUAGAUGCUGUAGCUACUCAGAUAUUUUUAGGACCACGUGUAGCCAUGUCUGUAUUUUCUGUUUAUCAUGAGUGGAGGUGAUGGUGAUGAUGUUUUUUUUUCAUGGGAGGUUGACAGGUGAUAACCAUAAUUAA